AAGCGGGCUUUUUCCACACCCCCACCGAGGAGGACUGCCCUUGGCAGGAGCUUGGCAUCGCUCUCUUUCACAGAAACUUCAGCUCGGAGUCCUCGGAGAGCGGAUUUGGGAGCUCCGAGUCGCAGAGCAUCAUUGGAGACGCCGGGCCAGGCAUUAUGGUACACAGGAGCUGGCUGUUGUGGCUAACAAUUUUGCUGACAUUGUGGAUGUCAUCAAAGGCUCAAGAUGGCGACAAAGAAGAUGAGACCUCUUUUGACUUACUGCAAAUCAGCAACAUAAACAGGAAGACAAUUGGAGCAAAAUUGUUUCGGGGGAAUGUUUCCAGUGGUCCAGCAUACCGUUUCAUCCGGUUUGAUCACAUACCUCCCGUUAAAUCAGAGAAAUCAGAACAGAUUAUUAAACUGAUCCAGCAAAAUGAGGGCUUCAUCCUCAUAGCCACCUUGAGGCAGGAUAGGCAGUCCAGGGGCACCCUCAUUGCACUGGAAGGACCUGGUAUCUCUCAGCGACAGUUUGAGAUGAUUUCUAAUGGUCGAGACAAUACCCUUGAACUUUCCUAUUGGGUAGAUGGCUUCAGGAAGGUGGCUCCUUUGGAAGAUGUGGACCUAGCUGAUUCACACUGGAAGAAUAUCACAGUACAAGUAACAGGAGAAAACUACAGUCUCUAUGUUGGCUGUGACCUCAUUGACAGCCUAACCCUGGAGGAGCCCUUCUAUGAACACCUAAAAGCAGAGAACAGUAAAAUGUAUGUGGCAAAAGGAUCUAUCAGAGAGAACCACUUUCGGGGUCUCCUACAAAAUAUUCACCUGAUUUUUGAAACUUCAAUUGAGGAUGUUUUACACAACAAAGGAUGCAGGAGGCACCAGUCAGCUGAAGUGAAUACCAUCAACGAGAGCACAGAAAUCCUUCACCUUAACCCUUCCAUCAUGACGGAAUAUGUUGGUGAAAAGACAGAGAAGAAGGUAGAUUUCUGUGAUCGCUCUUGUGAGGAGCUUGGAUCCAUGUUUACUGAACUCACUGGACUCCGUAUUGUUGUCAAUGGCUUAACUGAAAAUCUACAAAAAGUGUCUAAGGAGAAUCAAAUCAUGUGGGAAUUACUUGGACCCAAUAAGACACUCAGGAACCAGUCAGCUUGCUGGCAAGAUGGGCGUGAAUUUGCAAAUAAUGCACAGUGGGUUGUGGACAGCUGUACAAAGUGUAACUGCCAGAACUCUAAAACGGAGUGUCAUAAAAUCACAUGCCCAGCAGUGCACUGUGUCAGCCCUUCAUUUAUUGAGGGCGAGUGUUGUCCUGUCUGCUCUCACUCUGAUGACAGUGAAGAAGGCUGGUCUCCAUGGUCUGAGUGGACAGAAUGCUCUGCCACAUGUGGUUCUGGAACCCAGCAGCGAGGAAGAUCAUGUGAUGUCACCAGCAACACUUGCCGAGGCCCAUCCAUUCAGACAAGAACCUGUUCCCUUGGCAAAUGUGACAAUCGCAUACGUCAGGAUGGAGGAUGGAGCCAUUGGUCCCCUUGGUCUUCUUGUUCUGUGAGCUGUGGAAUUGGCAAUAUAACGCGCAUACGACUCUGCAACUCCCCAGUCCCACAGAUGGGUGGGAAAAACUGUAAAGGCAGUGGCCGGGAAACUAAAGAAUGUGAAGGAGUCCCAUGUCCAAUCAAUGGUCGAUGGGGCCCUUGGUCUCCAUGGUCUUCUUGCACAGUUACCUGUGGAGGAGGGAUUCGAGAAAGAUCUCGCCUCUGUAACAGCCCAGAACCUCAAUAUGGUGGAAAGUCAUGUGUGGGAGAGGUCACGCAGCAUGAUAUGUGCAACAAACAGGAUUGCCCAAUAGAUGGAUGUUUGUCAAAUCCUUGCUUUCCUGGGGCAGAGUGCAACAGUUAUCCUGAUGGCUCUUGGUCCUGUGGCCCAUGUCCUGCUGGCUACCUGGGAAAUGGAACAUUCUGUGAGGACCUGGAUGAGUGUGUGGUAGUUCCAGACAUUUGCUUUAAAUUAAACCAGAAACACCGUUGUGUAAACACAAAUCCAGGAUUCCAUUGUUUGCCGUGCCCUCCACGCUACAAAGGAACUCAGCCUUUUGGGGUGGGCCUUGAGGCUGCCAAAAAAGAAAAGCAAGUAUGUGAACCUGCAAACCCUUGCAAAGACAAGACACACAACUGUCACAGAUCUGCAGAGUGUAUCUAUCUGGGGCAUUUCAGUGAUCCCAUGUACAAAUGUGAAUGUCUGACAGGUUAUGCUGGUGACGGAUUUAUCUGUGGUGAAGAUUCUGACCUUGAUGGAUGGCCCAAUAAUAACCUGAUCUGUGCUGCCAAUGCUACUUACCACUGUGUAAAGGAUAAUUGUCCUCUUCUGCCUAAUUCUGGACAAGAAGAUUUUGAUAAAGAUGGGAAAGGUGAUGCCUGUGAUGAGGAUGAUGACAAUGAUGGUGUAGAAGAUGAUAAAGACAAUUGUCCUCUUCUUUUCAAUCCCCGUCAGUUUGAUUAUGAUAAGGAUGAAGUUGGUGACCGUUGCGAUAACUGCCCUUACAUACACAACCCUGCUCAGAUUGACACCGAUAAUAAUGGAGAAGGAGAUGCAUGUGCAGUAGAUAUUGAUGGAGAUGAUGUUUUCAAUGAACGAGAUAAUUGCCCAUAUGUCUACAACACAGACCAGACAGAUACAGAUGGGGAUGGAGUUGGCGAUCAGUGCGAUAACUGUCCACUGGUGCACAAUCCUGAUCAGACUGAUGUAGAUAAUGACCUGGUUGGUGACCAAUGUGACAACAACGAGGACAUAGAUGAAGAUGGUCACCAGAACAAUAAAGAUAACUGCCCUUACAUCUCCAAUGCCAAUCAGGCUGAUCAUGACAAGGACGGCAAAGGGGAUGCUUGUGAUCCAGAUGAUGACAAUGAUGGGAUCCCAGACGACAGGGACAACUGCCGCCUGACUUUCAAUCCUGACCAGAAGGAUUCAGAUGGUGAUGGACGAGGUGAUAUCUGCAAAGAUGAUUUUGACAAUGACAGAGUCCCUGAUAUUUAUGAUGUGUGUCCUGAAAAUGAUGCUAUUAGUGAGACUGAUUUCAGAAAGUUUCAAAUGGUGCCUCUGGAUCCUAAAGGAACGGCUCAGAUUGAUCCAAAUUGGGUUAUUCGCCACCAGGGCAAAGAACUAGUACAGACUGCUAACUCAGAUCCUGGCAUAGCUGUAGGUUAUGAUGAGUUCAGUUCUGUUGACUUCAGUGGCACAUUCUACAUUAACACAGAUCGGGAUGAUGAUUAUGCUGGGUUUGUCUUUGGCUAUCAGUCUAGCAGUCGCUUCUAUGUCCUGAUGUGGAAACAAGUUACUCAGACCUAUUGGGAGGACAAACCUACUAGAGCUUAUGGAUACUCAGGUGUAUCACUUAAAGUAGUGAACUCUACAACUGGCACUGGUGAACAUCUGAGAAAUGCUCUUUGGCAUACUGGAAAUACACCUGGACAGGUGCGUACCCUAUGGCAUGACCCUAAGAAUAUCGGCUGGAAAGAUUAUACUGCCUACAGGUGGCAUUUGAUCCACAGGCCUAAAACGGGAUUAAUAAAGGUAUUAGUAUAUGAAGGGAAGCAGAUCAUGGCAGAUUCUGGACCAAUCUAUGAUAAGACCUAUGCUGGUGGGCGAUUAGGUCUUUUUGUCUUUUCACAAGAGAUGGUGUAUUUCUCUGAUCUCAAGUAUGAAUGCAGAGAUGUCUGAACUAAGGCUGCUGCAUAACCAACAAAGUACUGUAGAUGCUACUCAACCUAGACACCUCUGAAAUUCUGAUACUUCAACCCCCUCAUUCUCCUUUCACCUCUCAUUUGGGCUCACUCCCCUCACUUUGUACUUCUGUGCUGUCAGGAGAAAUUCCUUCAAUCAUAUAUUAAGUGCCUUUGAAGAGCUUGUACAGCAGGGCCUAAAGCAAAAGUAGAUUGAUGUAUAGAAUGAAAUCAUGGCAAACACAUGGCUCUUUGUUUAAAAAUGACGUUUACAUAUAAAGCACUUAAAGUAUUUAAAAUACUUAAUGUAUUUAUAUAAAUAUGGGAUGGGGAGGGUCUUACAUCAAGUAAGAAGAGAUUAGAUGGAAGACCAACCUCUUAAGAAGUCCACAUUACUAUCUUGGAUCAGGGCUGGUCCUUGGUAACAUAAUGUUUAGGAGAUCAAUUUCAUCAAAAUUAGGAAGGAUCAAACUCAGUAUACCCUUGGAAAAUAUGGCACAGCCAAAUAAGAAGGUUGUUUAAUAUCCUGAAAAUGUUAAUGGUUUUUCAGAUGUAUCAUGUACUUGAAGCUUUUAGCAUAAAGCUUCCUCUUGUAAGAACAAAUACAUUUUUGUAUUGUUUUGUUCUAAUAAGAGGCAUUACAUGGCUUUUGUUUUUGAAUUUUAAUAGUACAGUUGAACUACAACAUAGUAUUCCAAAGGAAGCUUUAGGUGUGAUAUUGUUUCUAUUCUAUGGGAAUUUGCAAUUGUUUUUGUGGAGACAUACACAUACAAAUGUAUUGUUCAUCCAUCCAGUAAUGUGGAUUUUGUUAAAUGAAUCCCAUCAGUGUACCCCAUAGAAAUGAGUUUCACUACACACACAAUCAUUUUACUUGCCUUUGUGAACAAACCAGCACUAUACAACAUCCUGCCAGCAUCACAUAAGGAAUAUUCUCUAUAGCCGUUCUAUUGUCUUUAAUAGAACUGUUCUGGAGUUAAUGAGUUAUGAAUCAUUCUUUAUAAAUGGGUUCUUCUUCUCGAAUGAAGCCUUUUAAUUUACAUUCCCUCUUAUGCCUCAUAUCCACAUCCAGUAUUUCACAUUAUGUCAUGCAGUAUACCAAUAAUGACUAUAUGGAAGAGUAUUUAGAGUUUGGCUGCUCUGUGUUUUAACCUCCUGAACCAUUACACAUGUAUUCAGUGCUCUCUUAAGCAAAGUUACACCCUUAUAAUAAGAUUGAAGACAAUGGGUUUAGAAGGUUAUAGUUUAAUAAAGACUGCAUAGCUGCAGGAGAAGUGGCAAACUCAACUCUCAUAGAGUGUGAAACACUUCUCAGUCUUUCCUCUUGGAAGAAAAGCAUCAUUAAGAAUUUCAUUUGCUUGAGCAAUAAAAGCAUUUCUAUGACUAUGCCAUUUUUGAAGAAAUGGUUGCAUGCAUAGAAGACUCAGAGAAAACAGCUUUUAUCUAUGUGACCCAUUUCUCCAUAUACUGCUGCAACAAGCACUUUGAUACCCUGAUCUGGGUUUUUGAGAAGGUGGUAAUGCUACCAUUACCAAAAUCUGGUAACAUACUAUGGUUCCAGUUAUAAGGAUAUCAGUGCUAUUUAUUAUUAGAAUGUGCAGCUAUGUUUGCCAGUAAUUUAUUUGUGAAGCAUGCUGAGAGCACAUUAGCAGUGACACACCUCAAAGAACAUAGCUAUGGAAUACAUAAUGAUACAGCUUUCAGUAUGAAUGUAUUUGGUUAUAUAAGUGAUUAUAUGUUAUAAUAAUUUUAAGAUUCCCUGAAUUGUCAAAUAGACAUAACCAACUGAGACCGUUAUAACUAAAACUGUAAUAUAUACCAUUGCCCUUCUUUAAAUGUAUGCCUGCUGUAUAUAGGACUGAAACUAUGCUGAAGAUAUGUCAAGCCUUUAUUCUAUCCAGAUACAAGUUAUUCAAUUACACAAUAAUAUGCAAAUAUUUUACACUUUUUUGUUUUAGUUGAAUGAGCUUUGGCCAUGAGUUGGUGUUGUAUUAUUCAUGGAUGAGGUUUACAAAAAAAGUAUCUCCUUGAUCCUGAGCCUUGUGCACACUGAAACACACAUGGGCCUUGAUCCUACAGAGUGUAUAUAAAUUUGAAUUGGUGUAGUGGUUAAGAGCGUGGGACUUUAAUCUGGAGAACUGGGUUUGAUUCCCCACUCCUCCACUUGUAGCCAGCUGGGUGACCUUAGGUUAGUCACUUCUAGGAGCUCUCUCAGCCCCACCCACCUCACAGGGUGAUUAUUGUUGUGGGGAUAAUAACAUACUUUGUAAGCUGCUCUGAGUGGGCAUUAAGUUGUCCUGAAGGGCAGUAUAUAAAUUGAAAGUUAUUAUUAUUACAUGUGCAGCUGUUUUUUUUUUAAGGUGGAAUUGACUGUAUGACAAAAGAGAAGGGGACUAAAUCUAGCUGCUAGAUCAGAAUCCAGUUCUGCUAUAUAUAUUUUUUUAACUUUACUGUGCAUGUACAACUCUGACUCUGAUGUAUUGAGAUGGGAAACAAUUUGCAAGAUUUCUCCAUCCAGUCAAGGCUGUGUACAUGGAAGCCUCCAGCAGGACGAGAAGGCUGAAAUAUGUGCAUAUGGCAACAUGUUCACAUGCAAAGGGAUGCAUGGCCAGAGUUGUGCUUGUGAGGCAGCCUAUGGGAACAGGUGCUCCAGGGAUGCAUCAAAGUUGCUACACCCACAGCAUCACAGUGACAAUAUCUUGUCCUGUUUGGGGAUAUGAUGAGCCUAUUCAGUUCAGCUGUUUUAAAACCAAUUUUUAAAUAGUUUGAUGUUAUAUACCUUAUAAAACCAACUGCUUCUAACUUUAUUGCACAUUCUUAGUUUUGACAUAUAAACAUUUAGAAAGUCCUCUUUAUGAGAUAUGUUUUUUAUUUGUUAGAGGUGUUUUUGCAGUUUAUAUUUUUAAAUACUUUAAAAUGUAACCCAAGGUCCCAGAAAGAUGAAUUGAGGGGAGUUUCAUUUCUGUAAUGACUGUUUCUUUUGAAUAAAAUGACAAGACCGGUGCUGGGACUAAGAUGUUAAUAAUUAGAUUGUACUAUAUUUGCCUAUACUAUGUAAAUUAUUUAUGGUUUUUCUUUUGAGUGAGUGUUUCUGUGUGUGAGAGAGAGAACAACAAAACUUACAUUUUGUUUUGCCAAAGACUGUAAAUAACUAUUUAUUUGUCUGCACAGACGGAAUCUUUACCAUUUAAUGUCCCUCAUUUAUUCAAAUCCUUCUUUUUAUACAUUUAAUGAUAGACAAUAAACCAUAACAAGUUUUA